GUGGCGCUGCAGCGGGCCUGUUUGGUGAAGUCCUGCCGUCUUUGAGCAGUCGAGGAAGCCAAGAUGGCAGCAACUAUGAAGGGACCUGUAGCUGUUGAAGAUGUAAAUGUCACAUUUGAAGACCAGCAGAAGAUCAACAAAUUCGCGAGGAACACGAGUCGGAUGACGGAGCUCAAAAAUGAAAUAGAGGCAAAAAAAAAAAAAUCACUGCAGAACUUACAGGAUGCCAGUGAUGACCUGAUGAUGUUCGAUGACGACUCUCUAUUGAUCCCUUAUCAAAUCGGUGACAUCUUUAUCAGUCACACCCAGGAAGAAACACAGGAGAUGCUGGAGGCUGCAAAGGAAAAACUGGAGCAGGAAGUCAAAGGCCUUGAGGAGCGAGUGUCAGCGAUACAGCAAGUGUUGGGUGAUCUGAAGGUCCAACUCUAUGCCAAGUUUGGUAACAACAUUAACCUGGAGGCAGAUGAAAGCUGAGCAGUGAAAUGGACAUUGACAGCUGCCCCAGCAUGGACUUUUCUUUUUCUUUUUCUUUUUUUCAUGCAGCUCUCGUAUCCGAUCCACACGACGUUUGCCAAACAAAACAUCCAGUAGAACUCGGCUUAGAUUCGUAGCUUCUGGCUUAUCUUUGUUUACACAGAUGUUGUAUGUUUCUUCAGUUUAGUUCUGGCAAAAAACAAAUUCACAUGAAUAACGACGGUAAAGAUCUGGAGAUCAAAUAAAAUGCACAUCAUUUCUAACGUA